AAUGACAAAUUGGACAAAUUUUUGCAGCUGUCAGAAGUGUUUUUAUUUUAUGAGUGUCAUUUUGAUCGGUUCGGUAAUUUCGCGCGUAUGUACAAAUAAGGAAACAGAAUGACGGGAAUUUCACUGAAGCUGAAAUCAAAAAGCGGCCAGCACGUCCUGAACGACUUGAACGGUGCGAACACAAUUGGCAAUCUGAAGACGCGCAUAUCGGAAAUAACACAGAUCCCAGAAGCGCUGCUCCACAUUUUGGUUGGUUUCCCUCCAAAACCUUUGGACCUGUCCAAGGAUGGCGAUAUGAUUUCAUCGAUCGGAAUUGCGAGUGGUGACACGUUGAUUGUAGAGGAGAAGGUGAACACACAGAAGCAGAUGGAGGAGGACGAGAAGUUAGCCCAAAGACUGAGCAAGGAGGAUGAGCUGGCCAGCAGUCCGUAUAACGAGCAACCUACGCCAAGUAUGCCGGGACCAGCGGACGACUUCUCUGGGAUUCUGUUGAAAAAAGUAGUUCCGGCCGACAAUUCAUGCUUGUUCACCAGUAUUGGAUACGUGCUGAACAGUAAAGUUGACCCAAACUGCUCGACCUUCAUGAGGGACAUUAUUGCCCAGCACGUUGCUAGUGACCCGGAGACUUACAAUGAGGCGUUCCUAGGGAAGCCGAAUGCAGAGUACGUGGAUUGGAUCCGGCACCCUGACUCGUGGGGAGGCGCCAUCGAGGUGUCGAUAUUAUCCAGUUUCUAUGGGGUUGAAAUCGACGUUGUGGAUAUCACGAAUACAAUUAUCAACCGUUUUGGAGAGGACAGAAAUUACGGAGUGCGGGUAUUCCUGUUAUUUGACGGAAUACACUACGAUCCGCUUUAUCUGGAAACACCGGGAGGGCAACCAAAGACUAUAUUUCCCGUCGAGGAGAUGGGUGUGUUUCAGCAAGCCGAACAGCUUGCGUUCGAAGCGAAAUCCUCGCGUCAAUUCACAGACGUAAAUCGAUUCACAUUGCGUUGUAUGCAGUGUGAUACGCUGCUAGUCGGACAGGUGGAAGCCCAGCAGCAUGCACUCAGCACUGGCCACGACAGCUUCGGCGAGGUUUAACAGGAAAUGGACGAAGAAAAGACGAAAGUUUUUAACAGAAAAUCUGAAUAAAUAGUGAUAUUAAAAGGAAACAAAACUAAUGUUACGAAGAUAACUGAAGCUUACUGACUUGUUUUGAGGAUUUGCAUGUUGGUCAAAUGAUUAAAGGAAAUCAUGUAAUUUUUA